GGCUCAGACUGGUCCGGUCGGUCCUGCUGCUUCUCCUGUCGAAUAAAAACGCGUGUGGACGCUGAACAAACUUGUCCGGGCGGGAUCUGUAGCACCUCACUACCGACCCCGGCGGGCGAUGCCUCACGGGGGAUCAUAUCCACCGACACCGAGAUUAAUGAAUCUGCCCUGGAACGGGUUUUAGUGUGCUGAUGGACAGAGUGAGCGCGCAGCCGUGCGGCUCAGAUAGAUGAAGAGGUCAUGGAGAGACGGAGCUGUGGAGUCCGACACGUGUGCACUGUGACUCUGCUGCUGAUCUCUGUGUGUCCGCUCUGCUGUAGAGCCAGCUGGAUGUGGCUGGGAGUGACCUCGGCGGGCGUAUCGGAGCAGCUGGGCUGUGCCAACCUGCCUCUGAGCCACAGACAACGGGAGCUGUGCCGGAAGAAGCCGUUCCUGCUGCCCAGCAUCCAGAACGGAGCCCGGCUGGCCAUCGCCGAGUGCCAGAGCCAGUUCAGAAACGAGAGGUGGAACUGCUCCACCUCCGAGGACCCGUCCGUGUUCGGAUACCAGCUAACGAGCGGAACCAAAGAAACGGCGUUUAUCUACGCGGUGAUGGCGGCGGGACUGGUCCACGCCGUGACCCGCUCCUGCAGUCUGGGCAACUUGACGGAGUGCGGCUGCGACGCUCGGCUGCAGGGUGGUGGCUCGUCGGCGGAGGGCUGGCACUGGGGCGGCUGCUCGGACCACAUCCAGUACGGGACCUGGUUCAGCCGCAGGUUCAUCGACAGUGCUGUCAAAAACAUGUCGACGACCAGAGGGGGGUACACGCUGCUCACCAUGAACCAGCACAACAGUGAGGCCGGGCGACAGGCCAUUGACCGGACGAUGUCCACAGACUGUCGUUGUCACGGUGUCUCCGGCUCCUGUGCAGUGAAGACCUGUUGGAGGACGAUGGCGGCGUUCGAGCGCGUCGGCGUUUACCUGAAGGAGCGGUACGAGCAUAGCGUUCAGGUGUCCGACCGCUCCAGGAGGAAGACGAGGAAGAAGGACCAGCGUCGGCUCCACGUCGACAAACACCAGCUCAUUUUCUUCAACAAGUCUCCGAACUACUGCCUGGAGGACCGGCGGCGGGGCGUCGCUGGCACCAGAGGACGCCGCUGCAACCGAACGUCGACCGGACCAGACGGAUGCAACCUGCUGUGCUGCGGCCGCGGAUACAACACACACGUGGUGAGAGACGUCCAGCACUGCGAGUGCAAGUUCGUGUGGUGCUGCUUUGUCCAUUGCAGGCGCUGCGAGAGCAUGAACGACAUGCACACCUGUAAAUAACAACACACCUGGAAGCACUAACACACAGCUCACGCUGAGGAUGAAGACACGAUCUUAAUUUUAAAAAACGAAACUGAUGUGCCAGGCUUGCAGGAGCAUGAACGACAUGCACACCUGUAAAUAACACACCUGGAAGUAAGAGAGGCGGAUGAAAGAGACGUCUUUGAAAACAAAGUGGACGGUGGAUACUACUGGAUCAUCUUUCAACCAGUCGGGGCCUUUGUGACCUGUGACAGGCGGAGCUGCAGGAGAAGAUUCAGGCUGGCUGAUUCAGUUUGAGUCAGACCUUCUGGUCCUAAGACACAUAACUGGAACACAUCUCGAUCUGGUUCAGUGAGACUUCCACUUCCUGAGGAUCUUACUGUCUCUGCUGUUCCUCCAGAACAAACCUGAGGAACAGAGGCUGUCGAUGUUGUCUUCAGUCCCACAGUAGAGUUUAGUGAUUGUUGUCUGUAUGUCCAUGUGAAAGAGACUCUGCAGAGGCUUUAACACACUCGACUGGAAUAAGCUCCUACUCGUUUUGGAGGAAACUGAGGCUUUCUUCCUUUAAUCAAAUGGAACAUUUUUUAGAACAGAAAGGAUCACACUAACACAAGGUAGAAUCGGGAUCAAAAAUUUUCCCUCUGCUUCAGGCAGACAGUUUAAAAUCGUGGGGCCACUAGAGGGCGCUGUCAUCAGGCCACACACCUCGGUCCGCACUGGGCACAUGUGGAGGUUGGUCCAGAGGCCACGUCCUGUCCCAAACCUGCUUUAAAUGUCUUCUUUGUCAACAACACCCAAACUGAAUGAUUGAACAUUUGAUCCAUAUUUAUAGAUGAAGUUACUGUGUUUUCAUGUGUAGAUUGUGUUUCUUCUUCUUUUAUCAGAAUCAAAGAACGGGAGCCACAGUGCAGUUUCAAUAAGAUCGAGGAAGGAGAGUCGGUUCAGAUGCUGAUCAUUCAUAACAAAAUCAGGAUCAAACACAUGAACAGUUCUCUGAAUGAAUUUCACACUUUGGUUCGUUGUUAUGGCAUCGGUCCAAGCCCAAAGGCAGCACAGCAGCCCCACAUCACGGUGCUGCCAUCACAGUGUGUCACCACUAGGAUGAUGUUUUCAUGUUGUAUGCGGUUCCGUCUUUACACCAUGCGUAGUGCUGUGGAGUGUCAAAGUGCUCUGUGGCAAACCUCAGGUGCACUGCAGUGUUUUAUGACAGCACCGGUGCUCUGUGAAUCCUGAUGUUUUCAUACCAACAUGGAAACAUCAUCCCUACAGUGAAAGGAGCACUGUGAUGUGGGACUGGACCGCUGCCAACGUGGAGGGGCACAUGAAUUCCCAGGUUCAUCAGGGGAUCCUACAGGAUCAUGUCAGGGUGGCUGUCUGUCCACCAGUUGAGCCUCAAUAGGAGCUGGGCAAGGCAGCAGGACAGUGAUCCUAAGACAGAAAGGCGUCAGAACAAGAAAAUCUGCCACACGGUGCCUAGAGCCCAGACCUCGACCCAGCAGAGAUGCUGUGGACUGAGCUCAGAGAGCCGUUCACACAUGUCCUUCCUGGGAAUCUGGCUGAGCCGAAGCAGCUCUGUGAGGAAGAACGGUCCGGAGUUCCUCCUGAACAUUGUGCUGGUCUGAGCCACGGCUACAGGAAGCAGCUGUUUGAAGUUAUUACUGCCAUAGAAGCUUCAACCAGCUAUUAACUUAGUUUUUCCACCAGCACUUUGAGUGUUUUCUGGCUGAGCUCAAUAAAGACAUGACACAUUAUAA